AUGGUAAAGCGAGUGGAAGAGCUAGCAGCCAUUCAGGAGGAGAGUGGGGGAAGAAGGGCGUCAAGUAAGAGGAGGUUUCCUGCGCGCCAGAAGGCAGUGUGCGAGAGAACGUGGUCAGUGCAGGAUCAGCCUCUCCAGAACUACAAAGCCGUGAGUAUUAGGGAUGGAUGGGACAUGUCAGUGUACUUAUUAAGGUUUACUGAUGGAAGUUAUAUAAAUAUGAGGUGGGAUAUUUACUAUAUGGGAUGUUAUCAGACUCUAACCGUUCAUAUUGUGAGCUCAGCCUGUGUUAAGCUCUCUGCCGAGCAGUGUUUCGCACAAUACACACAGAUUGCUCAUUGCAGUGGGAUUUUCAUCUUAGUCUUCGAUAGCUAGAUCACUCUUUCUCUGGCUUCUAUAAACGUAAAGCCCCAGGACUCACAUCUCACAGCAGUGUGGAUCCACCUGGCUUCAGUACAAGUGGCUGAGCAUCUUGUGGGAAAUGCAUGUCCCUUCAUUGGUAUAGGUUAGCCAUUAAUGUCUUAGGUGUUAGUGUGUGCAGGCCUGUCUUUGAGAGUGCUGAUGGGGUGGUGAAUUAUUCUGAUACUAGCCUCCUGUCACCUGCAGGUCACCAUGUCUGAGAGGAAAGCAGUCAUAAAAAAUGCUGACAUGUCUGAGGAGAUGCAGCAAGAUGCUGUUGAGUGCGCCACCCAAGCCCUAGAGAAAUUCAACAUCGAGAAGGACAUUGCAGCUUAUAUCAAAAAGGUAAUUUUCUUGAUUUUGCGUCCUUACAGAUUGUGUGGGUGUUGUGGGGGGGGUGGGGUAGUAGAUUUGUUCGAUGAGCCACAAAUGUGGAUAAAACCUCCUUGAUUCAUGUCACUUACAAGUGAUGUUUAAUGCCAUAUAGACUUGUGGUUCUGUAAGAAUGAACUAUAGUGAAAGAGGUUUCCACAAUCUUGCCUAUCCCUCUCUUUAUCUUUUAUUUUUCUCUCUCUGUUGUUACACAAGCAGGAGGCAGUGGUACGUUGAAUGCAGUUGCCAUAGUGACAGAAAAGCUAAGCUGUUUGUAUGUUCCAACUACUGAAAUUAAUGUUUGCUCAAAAUGAGACCAAGCUGUACCAAAAUCUCAAGGCGUGUGUGUGUGGGUUGUUUACCUCCUAUUGUAUAACUAAUUAAUAUACAUUGAUAGAAGCCAUUUAAGAGGCUGCAGUGUUCUUGACAUCACAUAAGCAAAUGGGGUUGUUGGUGUCUUCACUGUGCUGAUAUAUGGCAGGGAGGUUUAUACAUGGUGUGUAUGAGUGCAGGGAACAAAGACAGAGUGGUACUUUGUGACAACCUAAAGUGAAAUCAUGUGUAAAUGUGUUUAUUUUUGUUUUAGUCUUGUAGAACUGCAUAAUCUGCAAAAGAUUACUGACAGUAUUUCUCUUUUCAGGAAUUUGACAGAAAAUACAACCCUACAUGGCACUGCAUUGUAGGUAGAAACUUCGGAAGCUAUGUCACACAUGAAACUAAACACUUCAUCUAUUUCUACCUUGGUCAGGUAGCAAUCCUUCUCUUCAAAUCUGGCUAG